AUGGGUGAUUUGGAGUUCGAAGUACCCCCUCUUCCCCCAAAGUAUAGAUUCAGAGACUUACUCCUCGGGGACCAGAAUUUACAAAAUGAUGACAGGUAGGUUGAGUUUGUUUGACUUAAUGUUAGCUACAAUAAAAUAAAAACAAUUCUUAUGUGGUUAAACACUGUUAUAGCUAGUACAAAAUGUAAGGUUGGUGGAUAAAAUAUAAACAUUUUUACUUGUUCAAUACAAUAAUAUAUUUUGUGUUGUGAUUUUGUGUAGUUGGAGAGGGGAAGAUAAUGUUUAUGUUAAUGGUGCACCCCUUAGAAUGAAUGUAUCUGUGGAGGUUACAUUUGUAGAAAGACCUACAGUAUAAUGGUGCUUGCAUAAGAAAGGAAUGAGACUAUGAUAGGUCUACAGCAGUUGAUAGUCAAAGUGUAUUUAGAGUUUGUACCUGUGGAAUCUUUGCACUUGUGUAGCCGUUUCCUGCAGUAAAAUUACCUAGUGGCCUUUUCAUAAUUAAUAAACAUGUUUGUUUUUAUACAGCCGAAAAUCAGGUGUUUCUAUGUCAAAUGGUUUUGUUAUAUUUCAGUCUUCUGUGAUGUAUAUAAAGUGUAAUAUUGGGAUGCAAACUCAAAACUGAAUACAUUACAACUCUAUAUCUGACAUGGUACAUGUGUCUUCUUCUUUUAAAGCCCGUAACCAUGUGUGUGAGGUGUAUAAUUUCGUUUCAAAGUAGAUUUGUUUAAGACUACCAAGAAUCACUCUGUGUGACCCUGAGUUAGCCCACUGCAGUAAAAAGGUUAAUACCCAGCAUUACCCAUGCUCAAAAACUCAGUAAAUAUGACAUUAUUCAUUUUAUUUACAGAAACAAUUUAUAUGUAUUUUUUCCCCAAGGGUGCAAGUAGAAUUUUACGCCAAUGAAAGUACUUUCAAAGAGAGACUUAAACUGUUCUUCAUCAAAAACCAAAGAUCAAGUAAGUAAUCUUUUAAAAUGUGUACCCACAGUUGAACUGCACUACAUUCUGUGACUUAAGGUUAUCCAUCUAAUAAAUCUUAUUUGUACUUUUUUAAAGAUAGUAAAAAUACACCUGUUGCAUCAGUAACAAAUAGCAUCGGUCAAAAUACACCCGUUGCAUCAGUAACAAAUAGCAUCGGUCAAAAUACACCUGUUGCAUCAGUAACAAAUAGCAUCGGUCAAAAUACACCUGUUGCAUCAGUAACAAAUAGCAUCGGUCAAAAUACACCUGUUGCAUCAGUAACAAAUAGCCUCAGUCAAACUGUUGAACGAGUUAUAACUAAGGGUUCUCCUGGUCAAGUCACAUGGUGAGGAAGUACUCCUGACCCUAGGUAUGACAUUAUAACCGCUCUGUCUCUCCGUCUCCCAGGCCUGAGAAUACGAGUGUUCGACUUCUCAAUAAAGGUCCUGAGCUGUGUCCUAUACAUGUGUCGUGUAUUCACAGACGACCCAUCCAAAGGACAUGGCUGGUAAGGACAGUCAUUCAAUGUGUCGUAGGUGCAUUUAGAUACCACGUGGAGUUCACUGAACUGUCACAGAAAUGUUGCUUUUUAUAACAACAAUAUAAGAGAAAGGGAUAAAUCAAAGAGAAUGUGGAAGUAUCAGUCAUUAGCAGUACUGAACCAUGCCAUGUCAAUUCUCAAUGACAAUGAUUCCAACACUUUCAUUUCUAUGCCUGGAAACGGAGGAAGUGAAUGUACUGAACAUGUUCAAAAUCUUAGAAUACACUGUCUAUCAUUCCAUCUAGACUUGAGGUCUAUCAAGGACAUCAUAACCAUGCCUGUGUGGGACAUUCAUCUCAUCUGGAAACAUAAGCGAAUAAGAGUCGGGUCGCUGUCGGGUCGCUGUGUACUUAGUCGUGAUAGAAGGAUGAGAUGUGUACAGUCAGUCAGUUUACUCACCUUUGUCCUUUGAUCUUAGUUCUAUUUGUCAUGUGUUUUUGUUCUACUUGACUUUUUUAAUUAAUUUUUUAUAGUACUGUUGAUAUUGAUUACUACAUUAUUGGGAAAGAGUGAGCAAAAAAGGCAUUUCACUGUACUUGUGCACGUGACAAUAAAACUUAAAAUAUGACUGUAGAAUGUAUUUUCAUUCAAGAGUAUUGUGCACAGUUAGACAUGUUGUUCAUUAACUUGUCAUAUUUCUUUCUCUUUACAGCUGGGGAUGCCCAAAUCAAACAUACAUAUUUUUAAUGAUUGACUGGUUAGUGUUGAAUCUACUCUUAUCUAAUCCAGUGUUAAAUACAAGUGAAAGAGAAGACCCUCUGUAGCUCAGUUGGUAGAGCAUGGCGCUUGCAAUGCCAUGAUAGUGGGUUCAAUUCCCGGGACCACUCAUAUGUAAAAUGUAUGCACGCAUGACUAUAAGUUGCUUUGGAUAAAAUAGUCUGCUAAAUGGCAUAUACACUGAGUGCACAAAACAUUGAGAGAAGCAUAUUCAGACAUGGGUUUAAUAUGUCAGUGGUUGCCUGGUAACAAUGCAUUGAGACCAGAUCACUCACUUAGAGAGGAAACCCACCAGAACGCUGUGCGUCUGACCAGAAUAUGGGCUGGUGAUUCUACAUGUUGAAUUGGCACAAACAGUCUCUGGAACCCAGCAGGUGGUUGCUAUAACAUGUUAAUGUGGAUCCUUAAUAAAUAUCCAGCUGUGAACUAUCGCACACCUUUUUUUCCCACCAGGUCUCCCAUAAUAUGGGUCGAACGAAGUCUUGGCAUAUGGGCGUUACAGGUGAAAUUUUCUUCACAAUUCAUUAACUUGUAGUUGUGGUUGCUAACUACUUUAUACAUGGGCACCAUGCAAUUACUACUGUUUGUUGUUUCUAUCCACAGUCAACCUACUUUCCAAUAAUGUGAAACAGAUUUUGUUUCUUAGAGACUUGAUGAAAACAAAGCUUCUAUUUCUUCAACAGGUGUCUGUGGCAGUUAUCUGUUUUUUUGAAACUAUUCUGUUGACCUACCUGAGUUACAAGGUGAGUCCUAUCCUACUUUAUAGGAUGUCACUCAGUCUAAGGACACAUUCAUAGCAAUGUCUAUUCUACAGUCAUAUCAAUAUCACCACGCAAUACACAACAUCAAUAUUGUAUCAAGUCAAUAGAUUGUUAAACAGAAGAUAAGCCCCCAAAAGGGCUAAAAAAGAAAGAAAGAAAGAAAGAAAGAAAGAAAGACAGAAAGAAAGAAAGAAAGAAAGAAAGAAAAGAAAGAAAGAAAGAAAGAAAGAAAGAAAGAAAGAAAGAAAGAAAGAAAGAAAGAAAGAAAGAAAGAAAGAAAGAAAGAAAGAGAGAAAGAAAGACAGAAAGAAACAUGUCUGUUCUCUACUUUGUCCUCAGGGAAACAUUUGGGAGCAGAUACUUCAGUUGACGUUCAUCCUGGAGACGGUGAACACAGUGCCUUUCCUGCUCACCGUAAGAAAACACACUCUCACAGGGCCUAGGAUCAGUUUGACCUUUUAAAUCAUAAUGAAUAAGAGGGGGGACCUGAUCCUAGAUCAUCACUCCCGUUCUAAGACGUGAAUACAUGCCCUGGACUCUAGCCUGAGAAACACAAUGCUACUAUGGCUGAACAUACAAAGGACAAACACUCAACAUUAAGAUGAAUCUCAGAUGUACUGUAUGUAGAUUACAGUUUUUUCCAACUGCUUACACACGUUUUCAAACUAUGUUCCUUUUUUUCAAAACUCUACACCAAUUCCCAAAACUGCACACACAAAAUGCAAAAUGCCUCCAUCUCCUUCAAAAUGCAACACUGCAUUCAAAAUGCCAUAAACACAUGUCAGAAUGAAGCUUUGCAUCAAAUGGCAAACACAUCUUCAUAAUAGUACAUUUUUGGAUAUACCAUGUAAACACUGUUGUUUCUAAAUCUAAAGCUCUUUGGUCUUUCAUAGCUUUAUCUACAUUUCAAUACAAUGUUCUACAGUGAAAGUAAUCUGCUGAGAGGGGUAACAAGUACACUGUAAACACCAAUGCAAUGUAGAAACGAAAAUAUUUAUUAGGCCAAACAUUACUGUUGUAUACAGUAGCACACAACAAAACCAUAACAUAUGUAACCAAAGUAUAUUCUUUAGAAUACAGUAAAGAGCACAAUUGUGUGUGGGGGGUCCCGGGGGGCAGUCCAGGAAAUGGUAGGGGGGGGGGGGGCAGUCACCAGUGCUAAGCUACGCUUCAUCUCUUCUCCGGGCUGGGUCUGGCCACAAUACUUCGUCCACAUCACAAGAUACGUUUUCUCUUGCCAAACAUCGAGGGAAGUAUCUCCUAGCAUGGCGUAUCCAACCUUGGACAGAGGCUUUCCUCUAUGUCCCCACAUGUGUCCUCCAUUGCCUGGAGAAGCGGCAUGCUGGCAUAGGGUUGGCGAUCAUACACUUUCCAGCGCCAGGCUGAGAAGAAUUCCUCUAUGGGAUUUAGAAAAGGUGAAUAUGGGAGUAGGUACAAAACUACAAAUUGUGGAUGGGUGGAAAACCAGUUUUGGACCAGAACAGCCCGGUGAAAACUAACAUUGUCCCAUAUAACCACAAAUCUAGCAGGCUCCUGAUCUGGAUCAGGGACUAGCAUUGUGUAAAUUGCAUCCAGAAAAGUGAGGAUAUGUCCGGUGUUGUACGGACCCAGUGUGGCAUUGUGAUGGAGGACCCCGUUUUGAGUGAUGGCAGCACACAUAGUUAUAUUACCCCCACGCUGUCCAGGGACAUUGGUAAUUGCCCUCUGUCCUAUUACAUUUCUUCCAUGGCGCCUGGUUUUGGUGAGGUUGAAGCCAACCUCAUCCACAUAAAUAAAUGUACAUGGGCAUCCAUCUCCAAUACUCUCUGUAACAGACAAAAUGAUAUACAGAUGAGUAAAUAUGGUAUGUCUGAAGUACUGGAAGUAGUGUUGCAUACAUACCUCUACAAAGUCAUGUUGCAGAUUCUUGACUCUGUCAGAGUUUCUCUCAAAUGGCACCUUGUAAAGUUGUUUCAUCGUCACUUGGUGCCAUUGGAGGAUGCGUUGUAUGGUCGACAGGCUUACAGCAUUGAUGAGUUACAA